GUUGGUGUAGAGCCAAGUGACAAGUCACAGUUGUUGCUUGCUUGCUUGCUGUGCCAAUGCCUUGACAAAAUGCUGAGAUCUUUCAUUUGUUCAUUGCGCGAGUGUGUUCACAUCAGCACUUCACUCGCAAGACGGCAAAUUGUCGGUGUCCACGCUCUCGCUCACAAAUACUAUUCGCAUUUUAUUGUUUUCUAGGUUUUUUUUUUUCUGUGUGUUUCCUUUUUUUGCCUUCAUCAUUGUUAUUAUCUUUAUCUUGUUGUAAUUUUCUUUGGUUUCGGUGCGUUCUAUCUUCCCCAUUCGCAUGGAUAAUUGCUUGUGUGUACGCGCUUAUUUGCAUUUAUAUUUUGGUUUAAUAUAGACAAGAAAUCGGUGAUAGCAUCCUCGAUAACAAAUUGCCAUCUACCUGGUAUCAUCAUUUUAAGUAGUCAUUAUUCGCUCGAGUUUCAGUUUUUCUUGUGCUUUUUUUAGUUUCAUUGUGUUUGACAUGAAAUGAAAAUAAACGGUGACUAUUAAAACGUGAUUGUGAUUUUGCAAAACAUUGCCAUCGAAUCGUUAAAUUCUAUGGACGUCGUUUUGAUUUUCCGUGCAUUUGCUUCUGUGAUGCUGCUGCAAUAAUUCCAUGAUAACUUGUCCAUUUGUACAACGGCCCAAAAUUGAAAUAUUUUUCUAGUCAACGAAUGGAAAGUGGACACUUUUGGAUGAAAUCAAUUCAUUUGUAUUUUCAAGGAUAGACUACGGAAAUUUUCCGCGUAGAAAAAACGGUCAGUCUACUCGGGCUGUUGUGCGUGUGAAGAAAAAAACAGUGAACUAGAAAAACAGUGCAUAACAAAGUUGUUAUUUUCUACGACGAAAGAAAAAAAAAGUGAAAAAAAAUUUAUAACUACUAUAAUCAAAAAGAGGAAUAAUAUGAUGAUGUUUUCAAGGCUCAUGACACCAGAUAAAGGUUGAUCUUAUUUGCAUUGUUAUUAAAGAGAUACAUACAGUACAGAACGAAGAGAGAAAAUGUUUUAGAUAAAACUUCGUGCAGAGACGCAACAGACUACAACGACAAGGAAAAAAACAGCAACAGCAACGACCAGAGAGAGAGAGAGAGAGAGAGAGAGAGAGAGAGAAAACCAACAACGAUAGAAGCACACCGAUACGAGACACUUUAAUCUCGGCUUCAAAUGAAAAACACGUCAGCCUCAACGAAGCAGAAGAGCGAUUUUUGAUAAUUGUGUCGUGAUAGUCGGAGCAAAGUGACCGUGUAUCUCAAUAGCCAACGACGACGCGCGAGAAAAAGAGUGAGAAGGAGAACAUUUCUGGAUAAACAUUCUUAUUCAUCCAUGUGUUUGGUUUUUUGUUUGAGAUUAAUUACAGCAAUAUCCCUAAAUAAAGGUGCAGGCUAUAAAAUAUGCUGAGUUCAAUUGGUGACAUGCUGAGCACGGAUGGUAUCAGCAUCAAUGGCACGGACAUUAUCGAUACGAUGGUUGCGACGGUAACAGGGCCACCGAUUGAUGCAUGCGAUGAGGAUCACAUGGAAACGUUCAACUGUUCACGGGCGGAUUUUGUACUGCACGAACGCGGUCGACAAAUGCAGGAUUUAUGGGAUGCAAUACCAAUGACACUCGUCUAUUCGUUUACACUGUUGGCUGGCAUUGCGGGCAAUUUAAUUGUGUGCAUUGUAAUUGUGCGUCAUGCAUCGAUGCACACGGCAACCAAUUACUAUCUCUUCAAUUUGGCAAUAUCGGACAUUUUGUAUCUACUGUUUGGGCUGCCAUUUGAAAUUCUCAUCUUUUGGCAUCAGUAUCCGUGGAUGUUUGGUUUGCCAUUUUGUAAAUUUGAAAAAUUAAUCGCCGAAGCCUGUUCGUAUGUCAGCGUACUGACAAUUGUCGCAUUUUCAAUGGAACGAUUUUUGGCAAUAUGCUAUCCGCUGCAUUCGUAUGCGAUGAGCGGUCUGAAACGUGCCAUUCGGAUUAUUGCUGCUAUUUGGGUGAUCAGUUUAUUGGGUGCCACACCAUUUGCAUAUUAUCGCACGAUUGACUACAUUGAAUAUCCACCGUGGGUAGGACCGGAAGUGCCUGAAUCAGCAUUAUGUGCCACUUUCAAUGCACCCAUCGGCCUGUACGAAACAUCAACGAUUAUCUUUUUUGCCAUUCCAAUGCUCAUCAUUCUUGUGCUGUAUUAUCAAAUGGCCACACAAAUUCGAUCACGUUCAAAGCACACCGUUACCAAAGAGCUCGGCAUACGACCGACCAACGUUGGCCAAUCGAAACAGUCAAAAUCGCGGCGUGCCAUUAUCAAAAUGUUAGCCGUUGUGGUGUUAACAUUUUUCAUUAGCUGGGCACCGUUCCAUGCACAACGCAUUGUCUUUUUGUACGGAAAGAAAUUUCCAAAUUAUGAAACGAUUAAUUUGUAUUUGUUCAAAAUUUCUGGCUUCUUCUAUUACUUUUCGUGCACCAUCAACCCGAUCAUUUAUAAUAUGAUGUCGCAGAAGUAUCGGCAUGCAUUCCGGGAAACAUUGUGCGGAAAGCGGCAACAUAAACUGAUAGCAUCAACACCACGGCAAUUGUCACGAAAAACAACCGGUGACUUUGACGUGCCCGCACUAACGACACAGCUAAGCGAUCCAUUUGAUGCCGAAACGGGCACAUUCCCUCGAACCAGAUCGAUGCGACUGUCACAGAAUCGAAUGCAUCGACAGGCCAGUGUGAACAGCAGGGCGGCCAGCCUAAAAGAAUCCAAGGAACCCAAAGACACUACCACCAUCAUCACAUGAUAAACCAUUAAAUCGCUUGUAUCAACACACCACAAAUCACAAUACAACGAAAAACAAUAACAAAUGAAACGAAUCCAAACUCAUUUUAUGUCGAUUCAAAUAAAACUGAAAUGAAAUUAAUUAGUGUUUUAUGUACAUAAUAUUAUAAAAUAUUGCUCUAUGAUUAUA